AUGGCGCCUAAAGAGCUGAAUUUUAUCACUGGAAACAAGAACAAGCUUGCAGAAGUCAAGGCAAUUCUAGAGGAUACGGGCGUCGAGCUCAAGAGCCAGGCCAUUGAUCUUGUGGAGGUGCAAGGCACAGUCGAGGAAGUCACCGCAGAUAAAUGCAGACGAGCUGCUGAAGCGGUCGGCGGACCCGUGCUGGUAGAAGAUACAUGUCUUUGCUUCAAGGCAAUGAAGGACCUUCCCGGGCCAUACAUAAAAUGGUUCAUGCUUGCUCUAGGCCCCCUAGAACUACACAAGAUGCUGGACGGCUUUGAGGACAAGUCAACCCAAGCCGUUUGCACAUUCGCCUACUGCGAAGGACCGGGCCAUGAGCCUAUGAUUUUCCAAGGCAGGACAGACGGAAAACUGGUGCCAUCUCGCGGACCGACUGUCUUCGGCUGGGACUCCUGCUUCGAGUACGAAGGCCAGACGUACGCCGAGAUGGAUAAGGCGGAGAAGAAUAAGAUCUCCCAUCGCGGCAAGGCGCUCGAGAAGCUGAAAGCAUGGCUGGCCAGCCAUGUCCCAGAGUAG